AUGGAGAAGGUGUUCGUCGUGCUGCCGGCAGAGUUCAAGGUGGGGCAGUCCACGCUGUCAUGGGUUCUCGAUCAUUUCGGCGGCAGCAGAACCACGGUUGUGAUCACACAUGUGCAUGUCCCGCCACAGAUGAUUCCAGUGAUGGGAGUUAAAUUCCACUCUAGUAAACUGAGUCCGGAGCAAGUGAAACUGUUCAGAAGGAUCGAGUAUGAGAAGGUGGACAGACAGCUAGACGGCUAUGUUCAUCAAUGUUCAAAAAUGAAGGUCAAAUGUGAGAAACUCGUUUUUGAGAAGGAAGACGUUGUAGCCGGUCUGGUUGAACUCAUUGUCUUGCAUAAAGUCACUAAGCUAGUUAUUUCAGGUGCUGCAGACAGGCAAUAUUCAAGAAAAAUGGACAAACCUAAAUGUAAGAUAGCAACAGAAAUUAUGCAGAGAGCUGAUCCAUCAUGCAAGAUUUGGUGUGUUUGCAAGGGACAACUCAUCUGUACCAGGGGUGAGGAAGAGGAGAUUGCACCAUCAGCCACGCCUUUUCUCCCUGAUUUUGAUCACCAAGCUCUGCAGUUAGUACCUUACCAGAAAGAGGACGACGUUAAGUCGGAGUUGGGGUUUUACGAUGAGCUCAAAGAGGCAUGCAUAGCAGCUGAGAACUUGAUGAAGAGAGCCCUAAGCGAAUCUUCCAGGCGCCAAAAGGCAGACGGAGAAGUGGCCUCUGCUCUUCAGAAAGCAAAGGAAUACCAGGAAUUGUUCUUAGAGGAGGCGAGAAAGCGUGAAGAGCUUGAAGGAGCUCUUGCAAGAGCACACCGAGAGAUCGCGCGGUUAAGGCAAGCAAACCAGGUACCCCUGGAUGAGCAAAACACAGCAACAGACAAACUCCAAGAGGCAAUGUCAGAGAGAUCGUCCCUGGAAGGCCACAUCUUCAACAUGGAUGCCGUUUUUGGGACAGCCGCCGGUCAAGCAACUGAGCAACAGCAGAAGGAGCAUGUCCAGAUACAAAUCGAUCUGGGCACCGGUGAAAGGGACCUGGAGCUGGAGGUGGAAGCGCCGCUCAACCAGAGCAAGCUGGCCGCGUUCUCGCCGUCGUCCGUCAUUCAGUCGCCCUACGACGAAGUCUGCGUCCCAUCCUACUUCCUCUGCCCGAUCCUUCAGGAGCCCAUGAGGGAUCCCCACGUCGCGGCAGACGGGUUCACCUACGAGGGCGACGCCAUCAGAGGCUGGCUGGACGGAGGGAACGACGCGUCCCCCGUGACCGGGCAGCCGCUCGCGCACCGGGAGCUGGCACCGAAUCUCGCGCUUGGUGCCGUGAUCCAAGAUUACACGAUGAUGAAGCGGCGGCAGCACCGAUUCGGCGAUUCGCAUGACACCGUUGCUGCGCUUCAAUUCUUUUCCUCUCCUGUGGGCAGUGAGCGGUGA